AUGAGUGCAAUCACCGACUACGAUUCUCCUGCGCUCAGCUCCUCGGCUGCUGCAGGAGCGACAGCAGCAGAGCAGACGGUUCCCAUCAUCCUCACCACCUCUCUCGACCAGUAUGCCAUCCCAUCCGGACCGUACAUGGUGCCCGUCUCUUGGCGCCGCACGCAUCUCUCCACACUGGUCAACAAGCUCGUUUCUUCCACCUCGGACGCUUCUGCAACCGCUGGUGCAGUCCCAUUCGACUUUAUCAUCGACUCUGCGCUGCUCCGCUCCACAUUGGGAGAAUACAUUGAAGCAGGAGGACUGACAUUGGAAUCCACACUGACUAUCGAAUACGUGCGAUCCACACUACCGCCCACACGUCUGGCGGCGUUCGAGCACGACGAUUGGGUCGCCUCGGUCGAUUGCUCCUUCACCCAGGCGAAAGUGUACAUGACGAGCAGCUACGAUGGCAGCGUCCGACUAUUUUCACCAUCCAACCCGACAGAGGCCAUGCACACGCUGAGCACAAUCAACAAGGCGACUGUGCAAGGAGGCAGGAACACCUCGCUGACGAGUGCCAAAUGGGCCCCCAACGGCGAUGCGCUGGUCACAGGCGGAAUGGAUGGAAAAGUGCAGCUGUGGAGCGUUUCGCAGAGCAAUGGCGACGACGAUGAUGCGUGGAAGAGCAGCAGGAAAUGGGCAGGCGAAGCGCACAAUGCACCUAUUAGCGCUGUUGACACUGCGCAGGGCCCACAGGGUGUGAGUGUGCUCAGUGGUGGCUGGGACGGCAUCGUCGCUGUUUGGGAUGAUCUGCCUUUGAGCUCUAGCCACGUCGAAUUCGAAUCCGACGUCGACGAAGACGAAGACGAAACCACCGCAAAACGCAGAAAGACUGCCAAUGGCAGCAGCAGCAGCAAAACUACCCGCCCCUCGUCCAAACCGGGGCACGUCGACCCGACCAUGACACUCUAUCACGCCCCGCCCACCGCACACGCCGUCACGGGCGCCAAGAACGUUUUCACCCCGACCUCGCGCGUCACGGCCUUGCUCUUCGAACGCACCUUCGCAUCGUCCUCUGCGAAGGAUACCAACCGAGCCUGGAGCGUAGGCUACAACGGCCUGCUCAAGGGGUGGGACCUCGGCUCGGGCGGGAUCACGCAUACCUCGCUUUCGCUGCCGUCGAGCACUGCAGAAUCGCGACCCAUGCUGUCGCUCGCCCACCUGUCACGCGCGACUCUGGCGACGGGUACGAUGGAUCGAACGAUCCACCUGUUCGACACGCGCUCUUCGGGAACAUUGGGUGUGAGCAUCGCCAAUGCGCACCGCGGACCCGUCGACGCGCUGGCUGCGCAUCCGUUGGACGAUCACCUGUUUGCCAGUGCUAGCGGCCUGGAGAGCGCGGUGAAAGUGUGGGACUCGAGAAGCAGUAAAAAGGCUCUGUUCACCCUCGAUACCGGAGUCGCAAGUGGCAAGAUGGGCGAGAAAGGUGUGCUCGCUGUCGAUUGGUCGAGGGACGGCCAGGAACUCGUUGCUGGCGGAAAGGACAAACGCAUCACCGUGUUCAGGGGGAGCAACAUUGGCUUGUCGGACAACACCCAGAUUUAA